AGUGUGCGUGCUUGGUGCUGAGUGGCCUAAUCAGCGGGAGAGAGAUAAGAGGAGUUGUCGGGAGUGCUGGAGAGAGAGAGAGACACACACGGAGCUGUGUGUGUGUGUGUCAUCCUGUUGUUAUGUGGCAGUUCAGUGAUUUAAGUUAUUAUUAAAGUCUUGUUAAGUGUUAACCCGGUUCCUGCUUCCUCCUUUCCCGCUGAUUAAGCCAGCACACUCACAGCCCGGCCACGUCCUCCUCCUCGUCACAAGGACCUUGUCAGAUACUCUUACCAUCAGCACUGGCACCCCUCAGGGGUGUGUCAGCUCACCAGUCCUAUUCACCCUGUACACCAAUGAAUGCACAUGCAGCAUAGCCAACACAUAUAUGAUAAAGUUUUCUGAUGACACGGCUAUCCUGGGUCUUAUGCCAGACAUAAUAGAUACAACUGCAUACAAAUAUGAGAUCCAGAAAUGUGUACAGUGGUGUGACAAGUACUUCCUAAACCUUAAUGUAAAGAAAACAGAGGAGAUGAUAAUUGACUACAAAUGCCUUGGUGACCACUCACCAGUGGUUGUCCAUAACUGCAACAUAGCCCAGGUUGAUUCCUACAAAUAUCUGGGCGUACAAUGACAAUAAACUGACAUGGAGUUCUUAUGAGGAUGCUGUCUGCUCUAAAGUUCAACAGAGACUGUACUUUCUCUGUAGAUUGAGGGCUUUUGGUGUUAACCAGAAAGCUUUGCUUCUCUUCUGCUAUGCUGUAGUUGAGAGCAUCAUUCGCAAUGGCAUUACAGCCUGGUUUGGCAACCUUGGUGUACAGUUGAAAUCUAGAAUUACUUGCCUCACCCUGAGAACAAUGAAAAUCAUGGGAGUCAGGCAACAUCCCACCACACAGGAUAUCUUCAGUGAAAUAAUCACCAGACAGGCCCAGAAGAUCAUUUCAGACCCCACCCAUGUCCUCCUCCCAUAGUACCAGCUCCUAACCUCAGGCAGACACUUUAGAGUCCCCAAGUGCAGACUGAAUGGUUUUAGGAACUCUUUUGUCCCUUUGUCCAUUAAAGCUUUAAAAGCUAAACUAGCAAAAAGUAUGUAAGAGACUUGUAAUAUCAGUCUUAUUCUGUACAAAUAUAUUCCGGAUAUAGUUACAUUGUAGAUGGGUAUUGUGCAAUGUUUUGUCAUUGGCAUUCCAAGUGUGUGGAUUUGCUAUGUGUGUAAUUAUGGAUGACAAAUGUGUAUGUACUAUGUUUUCUAACAACAGAUGCAGUGUAUGUCAAAGACAAAUUUCCUUCUGGACAAUAAAGUUUAAUCAAAUCAAACCAACUCAGUGAAGUCAAACAUAGUACAAUGUGCUAAGAAUAUAUUACAAUUCAUGUGGCAUAAUGAUUACCAGUAGAAAUAUGUAGAAUUGCUGAUAAAGAACAGAUAAAAAAAGAUGUAGUUAAAAAAUGAAAAUAAAACAAAUAAAUAAAACAAAUACAUAUUCUAAAAAAAUCAAACACACACACACACACACAAUCUAUUUAAAACUUACUUUUUACUUUACCUGCAACUACAAGUGCAAUGGGUUGUGAUUUAGACCAGUACAAGACCAUUUCAUACACAGAAGGUAAACUGAGCCUGCCUAUGCAUUUGUUUAUAAAACUAAAACUUUAUUUUAAACAUUUUUAAAUGGAUGAAUUGGAGUGGAUAGUGAAAGAAAAGCAGCUUACAACUGUCCAGUGUACAUGGGAAAUUCUUAUCUGUAAACUAGGCAUAGGGUCUAUGCUUAAAUAAAAAAAAAAAAAAAAAAAAUGGUUACUACAUUUUCAUACAUCCAUUUUGUUAUUUAAUAGUUUUGAUGACUUUGAUAUUAUUAUAAUUAAGAAUUAGUACCUGUAUGUGUGUCCAAACUGUUGAAUGGCAGGGUAGAUAUACUGCUAUGAUAAUUCUAGACUGAUCUCACUGUGAAAUCGGUGACAGUAGGUUGAAAGUUCUUCAGUUGAAAUCGGUCUGUGCUUACCGAAAUUUGAACCACUGCCCCCAGUGGCCGAAGCUGGAACUGCUGUCCAAAAAGUGGAGACAAAAUCGAGUUGUUUUUACUUGUAAAUAAUGCAAUACAGUCAACAGGAAUUAAUAUUUUAAUAACCAUACGCCCUAAAUCAAACCAUAUCCCUAAAUCUAAUUGUCGGUGAAGUACAAAUUUAAUUUUAAAGGGAAAAUGCAACCUCUGAAUCUCACUCAUGAUUGAUCAUGUGAAAGUAAUUACAACCUGGUUUCCAUGGGACUAGAACCCAUGUCUUGAAGGUUGCUUUUACAUCGCACUAUCAGUGGUGCCACAGGAAAUGCUGAACAUGUUUGAAAUUAUGCAAAGGUGUCUGAUGGGAGAUGGCACUUUUCUUUAACUGCAGAAAGGGGUCAGUGUCAGGGUACUGGAACUUUCGGUAGCAAUGUCAAAUUCCUAUGUGAUCAUGUAUUCUAAUAAAGAAUGAUUUUGUGUGUCCAAACUGUUGACUGGCAGGGUAGCUAUGCUGCUAUGAAAAUUCUGUUCCUGAACAUUUCCAAAGGGCUUUGAUUAAAGAUUCCCUGCAGCAGUUUAGCAUUCUUGAAAUUGUAAUGCUGACAAGACUGAGUGUUUUGUUAUGUUUUUCUUUGAUUGCAACACCUGGAGGUUUCCUAAACAUCAAAUUGUGGCAGCUUGCAACAAUGUUUUCUGGGAAAUUGUAUAUGCUACACUUGAUAUAUGCUUCUGCUGAGUAAGCUUUGGGAGUCUGACCCAUUUGAAAUGUUUUUUUUUUUUUUUUUUUUUUUUUUUUUUAUUAUUUGAGUAUAUUUAUUUUUUUAGCAUUUUUAGGGUCUGAUAAAAGGGUGAAGACUCCAAUCUUGAGUCUUGCUGUAGACGUGUCAUGCAGUUAUGGUCUACACUUUGAAACAUUUGUUGAUUCAUGCUUUGAUUUUAUGUUCUGUUUAUUAGCAUGCCUUCUUCACCCACAGAAUUUCGCAGUGCAAAGUUAAAUGUAACCGCGCCUUAAGGCAAUGAUGUUCAUAAAUUUUUAAGUGUGGCUUAAGUGUUCAAAAACGUUUUGGGCCAUUGUAUGUUAUGAGAAAAUAAUGCAAAAUCCUCACUUUGCAGUGCAGUAUUAGGUCCUCUUCACUAGGCCUUUGAGAUACAAGAGUAUUUCAUUAAAAUUAAAGUAUUAUUGUUUCUCAUCAGAUUUCUUUAAUUGAUCUCUUUCUAAAUAUUUCAGGAACAUCAAAAGCAUUUGAUUUUGAUUCUCUCUCAAAGGGGCUAUGGCGUGACUCAAUUUGACCAUGUCAGUUUCAAACAGUCAUCUCCUUUGUCCCAAACUUUUCUGGUUAGCACAACAGGAUGAAGCACUCUCAAGGUUUUCAGAUGUGGCACAAAACAGCCCCCACACUGAGGAAGCUGUGUUUACUAUAAACAUGGACAUGCAUGACACAUUAGCUUUCAUUCUAUUCUGCUGGUUUCCAUGUUUUUUAAUGAUCAUAUGAAUGUUCAUCUUUGAGCAGGAACCACAAGGACAUGAGUUUCGAAAAAGUCUAAUCAACAUGCUUGAGCACCCGCAGAGUUUAAUUUAUCCAACAUUCCAUCAUAGGUUUUCGUUCUCUCUUGCCAGCUGCCAUUGUAAUGUAGUCUCAUACUGCCCAAUCAAACUACUUUUCUUUUCUCAGCAACAUCAUUCCAUACCUGGAAUGUUGCGCUGCAGGCUUAUAACAGGAUAAACCUGUAACUGUUCUGACUGUACCAUGUCCCUCAUUAUUGUACAUGUACAUGCAGAAGUGCUUUCGCUGACAACUUGGAGAGACAUGUCUCAAAGUAAACCUGAAGAACGUCUAACUUUGGAGCUGAGUUGUCCAAUCUGCUUGCAGCUGUACCAUAACCCUGUGACCCUUCCUUGCGGGCAUAAUUAUUGCUUAUGUUGUAUACAAAAUGUGGCAGGUGCAGAAGACCCCAAGAGCCCAAGACGUUGCCCGGAGUGCAGGGAAGAGUACGGCAACCCUGAUACACUGCCAAAGAACUUCAAACUCAGCGGUAUCGUGGAUGGGUACCUGGCAGUUACGUCCAGUGGUGGGCUGAAAGGAGGCCAUGUAGUGCUGUGUGACCAGUGUCUAGAAGAUCCGGCAUCUGCUGUGAUAUUCUGCAUGUGCUGUGAAAUGUCGUUGUGCCCGAGCCACCUCAAGCGGCAUAAGGAACAGCACCUUUCUAAUGACCACAUAUUGAUGGAGCUGCCCAUAGAACACGAUGGGAAGAGAUGCCCAGUGCACAGGAAGGUAACGGAAUACCUGUGUGCACAAGAGCGACUGUUUCUCUGCUCAGAGUGCUUGAUGGAAGGGGCUCACCAGAAUCACGAUGUACAGACAUUUGAGGUGGCAAAAGAGGAAAUGCAGAGAAUUAUGGAAGGGCUGGGAAAGUCUGUGUCUGAUAAGUUACAGAUUACGGAAGCUCUGCUCAAAAAUGCAAAUGAAAGAGAUGGGCCUGUUGAUAAGACAGAAGAUAAACUGGUGGCCAGGGCAAACAUAUUGCUGGACAAUAUGACUACACUAAUAAGCGCAUAUAAGAGUCGAAUGGGUGCUGCAAUGGACGAUGAGCUUCAUUUGCGCGACAAAAUCUGGCAGGCCAAUCUACGUGAUUUGGAAGACUAUCAAAAGCUGCUGCAGGCAGCCCACCAGAGCACCAGUGAGGUUCUCUCUGAAUCCUCAGAGUUUCUCUUUAUCCAGCACUACCUCAAAGUUGAAGCAAGGGUCCGCCAGGCUGCUAACACCACCAUUCCUAGCCUACCUACACAAGAACAUUCAUGUGCCAAAAAGCUGCGCUCUACCCUUCGAACAGACACCUUCCAUGCCGAGAUGAGCCUUCUACUGGAGUGUCUCCAUGGCAUGAUGAACCCUCUGGACCUGACCUUUAACCCAGACACAGCCCAUCCCAGCCUUAUGCUGUCCAGCAAUCUCAAAACAAUCAAGCAAUGUGCUGGAGGGAAGAAAAGCAGUGCUGGAGACCAGGGUGAGCGGUUCUGCACCGCUGCUCAGGUCAUGUGCUCCCAGGGUUUCUCUACAGGAGUUCACAUGUGGGCAGUGGAGAUAGGGCCUGGAUGUAUGUGGUCAGUGGGACUGUGUUACAAAAGCAUCCCACGUAAAGGUGACCACAGCAGGCUGGGGCAUAACACCAGCUCCUGGAGGUUGCAGUGGAAGAACACGAAGCUGACAGUGUGCCAUGAUUUGGCUAAUAUAGUUGUAGGUGACGGGUGGGUUGUGCCACCGAAGAAGGUCAGAGUGACCCUGGAUUACGAAGGAGGAACAGCUGCGUUCCAUAGCACAGGUCAAGGAGGAAGAAAGCAGCAUCUUCAUACAUUUAGUGCCGUGUUCAAGGACAUAGUGUAUCCUGCAUUUGGGAUCCACUCUACCUCAGAGGAGUCUUGGAUUACACUUUUGAGUGGAGUUUGACUGACAUGUACAUAGAUGUACUCACGCUUUGCUCACUUUCAUUUUUCACUUUCUGUAACACUCUAGGUGACUCGUGCUUUCAUUCUUCUUUUUGUUUGAUUCAUUAAUGCAUUAAAAUGCCUAAACAUCUACACUUGAAAAGGUUUAGACUCUUUUGGACACUUAAUUCACACUUAAAAUGUAUAAAUUAAUUGCAUGAGAUAACAAAAUAUCAAAGCUGCAAACAGGGGUGCAUUACCGCAUGGACUUACACUGGCUGAAGCCCGGGGGCCCAUCUAAUGGCGUCCGCCACCCCAUUAUCCCCUAUCGAUGUUCAUGGGAAGAGCGCGUCUAAACUCUUUCAGCGGGAGACACUUUUGUAAACACGGAGACAGUGCGCAACCAUGAAAGGCGUCCUUGCACAUGCAGUUCCACCAACACCAGUGCACAAAAAAAGAGUUGCGUCUGAACACAUAUACACAUUGGCACACAUGCUAAACAACAGCAACAUUCAGGGAUAUGUACAGUAUGUUUGCGGUUUUGUACCUGUGUGCUGAGAAAACGAUUUUAAGUUUCAUAAAAAUGCAAAGAUGCCCUGAAAAAACCACAUACCGUAAAUCGCAUACUUUCACAUUGUACAAGAAACUGCAUGUAGCUUGUCCUGCAUAUACAAGACAUACUCGUUCACAUCUUGCUAAAAGCAUUUGUCUUAAUACCAAGUCAACACAUGUCUGGACAGACAGUUUCCCAUAAAAAUCUCAGUCUCGUCUCACUUCAUAUUUUACUCUGGUGAACUGACAUAGGAUCUCAAUUCAUGCAGAAGUUAUGUUACAUGCAGAUUCAUAUACCCUAUAUUGUGUAUGUGCUAACUGCAUAAAUGAGGAUUUUUCUGGACCACUGUUGGAUGAUUGCACAUUUGUUGUUAGGCGUUUAUAAGAAUUUAAAAUCAUUUGAUCUGUCUUUCUCUGUAAAACCAUUUCACUUGAACUGGUCAUUCAUGUUAUGUGUUUUUGGUUUCAUGUGAUAGUUUAGUUAGUACAAUGGAUUUUACAGCAUUUGUAUGAGUUUUAUAUAUAUAUAUAUAUAUAUAGUUAUGUAUAGUUAAUAUAAGUUAAUUCUGUAUUACUUUUUUCUUUUAAUGCUAAUAGAACACAGAAUCUUUUUGUUCUUUGGCAUCUCAUUUAUAAAAUUUCAAUAAACAUAGAAUAUGGUUGUUGACUAAAAUGCAAAUAUAAAAUAAAAAUAAAAAUAAAACAAAAUCUAUAGAUGCAUAAAAUGUCCAUAAUCAGGUACAGUAUGACAUCACAUUGGUAAUACAGCAGAUGGUAAUAGCUGAGUUAUCAGGUUUGAUGUGCCAUAAAGAAAUAUUAUAGUUAACCAUUAACAUUGUGUGACUUUAACCCUGAAGGACAACGGAAGAAGACAUAACCUCAACGACACAAAGGUCUCAC